UGUCUGGAAUGGCACUGAGGUCCAGUUGCUGCCUUUCUCCAAUCUCACUCCUGUGGUCUAAAUUUGGAGCGAGCAUAUUUUUAUUCCCAAAUGAUGCUAUAUAUAGAGGAACAAUAGGCAUUGUAUCGGUUGGCGGACGGAUUGAGAGCGACGGUGAAGAACUUCAGCAUGGCAGGUUUCUUGCUUUCUUUCCUAGGAGACAAAGCCCCCAAAAUGGCAAGACACAAGAAGGAAGGGGGUGGCUCCAAUGUAGUCUCUAUGUUUGAUCAAAACCAGAUCCAGGAAAUGAAGGAGGCAUUCACAAUCAUGGAUCAGAACAGAGAUGGCUUCAUUGAUAAGGCCGACUUGAGAGACACCUUUGCUGCACUGGGCCGCAUGAACGUCAAGAUGGAAGAGUUAGAAGAGAUGAUCAAGGAAGCUCCGGGGGCCAUUAACUUCACAGUCUUCCUUACUAUGUUUGGUGAGAAGCUCAAAGGCACAGAUCCAGAAGAGAUCAUUCUGAAUGCUUUUAGAGUUUUCGACAGAGGAGGAAAAGGUUAUGUAAAAGCAGACUACAUGAAAGAGAUGCUCAUGACACAGGCAGACCGGUUCAGUGAAGAAGAGGUCAAGCAGACGUUUAGUGCUUUCCCUCCAGAUCCCUCUGGUUACCUCGACUACAAGAACCUUGUUUACGUUAUUACACACGGGGAAGAGACGGACUAAACAGAAGUUGGUUCAUCAGGAGCAUGUGCUUUGCUGUUGCCUCUUUGGAAGAUCCAGUUCUAUGUGCUACAGGGCAGGAAUCUGAAAAAGAAACCAAAGGAGAUUAAAACCAUGAUGCUUAAUCAGCCUUCACCAAUCUGGUGAGGUCCAGGUGCUUUGGCCCACCACUCUCAUCAGACAUGGAGCUGUACUGCAAAACAUCUGGAGGGCACGAGGUUGGCGAAGGCUGCACUAAAUGAUCCUGGGUUUUAAAUAUAUAUAUAUAAAUAAAAACGGACGAUACCGUUGUGUAUCAAU